AUGUUAUUUCAGGUCAUUGAAUGGCUUAAGCUUGACGAUAACAGGAGACCAAGUAUCAUAAAUUUAUAUUUAGAAGAACCAGAUGGCAGUGGUCAUAAAGGUGGUCCAGGAUCUGAAGAAGUAAGGCUUAACCGUAUCAAGAUAGUAGAAGGUCAGUUGGUUAAAUAUGGAAUAACAUUAAUGGAUUCAUUUCUGAACUAUUUAACCGAACGAUUAGUGCAAGAGGGACUUAUGGGAUGUUUAAAUAUGAUUAUACUUUCAGACCAUGGUUCGUGUGACAUUGAUGCUAUUAUUGAAAAAAUGAAAUGUCAGAACGGUACAGAUUAUUUGAUUUAUAAAACAAAGUUAACGCCUACUAGGAUUCAUUUUGGUGAAUCAAAACGUAAUGGAGAUGUUCUACUCGAGGGAAGAGCCGGAGUUUAUAUUAUGAGGGAUGAAGCAGAAUUGUUGUAUAAUAUAGAUUGGCAUGGCAAUCAUGGGUACGAUAAUCGUUUAGUUUCUAUGCGUGCUAUUUUUGCUGCUAUUGGCCCAGACAUAGCUGAGUAUAAGGAAAUAUCAGAGUUUGAAAACAUCGAACUAUAUAAUCUUUUCGCAGAUUUGGUUGGUGUUGAGCCAGCUCCUAAUAAUGGUACUUAUGGACGUCUACAUGCAGUUCUUAAAAAUCCUCCUUCAAUUUCUGAAACAGCUCCGAUAAUAACACAUAAAAAAUGCCUUGAUAUUGUUAAAGCUACUCCUUGUUCGUCGUCGUGUCCGGACACUGGUAAACUGACAGAAGCUUGCUCCUAUGACACUGCAACCAUUCAAUACGAUGUAUCAAAUGGUGCGAACUGUAUAGUACCUUUUUGUGAUGCCGUUAUACAUUACAAUCAAAUUUAUAAAAAGGCACAGAUGGUUGAGACCACUCUAUCGUUAGAUGACUGGAAGCAAGCGAAAAUAUCAUCUGAAACGGCAACAGUUGCAAAUUUGAAUAUUUUGGAUGAUCAACUGCUAAUUGCUGUGAUAUUCUUGAUUUGUUGCAGCCUAAUUUAUAUCUGCACAUUCAAUUUAGUAAAAUUCGAUGUUACAGAUUUGUACAAUACGCUUGAUAUUGCAAAAGUUUCGGUUCCUGCGCACUUUAAGAAUGGCGUUUGGGAAUAUCUGGUAAAUAAAGUUUAUCAGUACUUACGAUUUUAUGGCAAACUGUCGAUGUAUGCUGGUGUUGCAUAUGACAGUAAUGGAGAUAGUAUUUUAGACAGUAAAAACCAGUUAAAUAACGAAACAACUCCUACACAUAUUUUUGUUGUUUUACUGCACUGUCCGAGCAGCAAAAAUUCUGAUCGACAUAACUGCAAAAAUCCAUACACGUUGAACUUUAUUCUGCCAAUUUAUGAGGAAAACUUAAAUUGUUUGGAUUCCGACGAAUAUUUAUUCCAAAAUGCUGCUCGAAUUCGUGACAUUGAAAUGCUUACUGGUGUUCAGUUCUUUAGAGAUCGUUUAGUAUGGCCAUUAGCAGAUGCGAUUGCAUUACGAACAAAGGUUCUACAAGAACUUUGGGUUUAG